AUGGGACGUGGUGCAGCAAUACGUAAUCGAAAACUUCGCAGGGGUUCAUCGGAUUCAGAACCGAUUGCAUCAAGAAUGCGCAUUCCAAAUAAGAAACAACGCAAAAUCAUGGACGAGCUGCUGCUAAACUCUAAUCUUAAACGAGCAGACGAUGCCACUAAUGGAAUCAUCCGUCCUGUACAGCCAAUUUUGCGAGAAAAACCAACAACACCAUUCAUAGUUCUACCUGAAGAAGCACGCUUUGCACCACUUAUAAAGAAAAGUAGAUAUGCAUUAGAUAUAGGAGGUACACUAGUCAAACUUGUCUACUCAACUGUAUGUGAACGAGCAGAUAAGUCGGGUUGCGAAGAGCCGGAAGUUUUACUAAAUUUCAAGAAGUUCACUUCAAUCGAGGCUUGUUUAGAUUUUAUCAAUAAUGUGAGUUCCAGUUCUAAUAUUUUCGUGUUUUUUUUUUCACAUUUUCGCAUGGCAAAAUACCAAUACACUUUUGGCUUGUUUUGCCUACACAUCGAAGACUACAAACUGUAGCC